AUGGCAGUUCUCUUAUCAAGAAUCAAGGGUAUGCUCUUCCUCUUGUUCCUCCCAUGCUUUUGUUCUGGUCAGCCUGCACCUCCACCUCUGCGUUUCUCCAUCUUCCUGGAUCCUUCAAAGAUGGUCUACCUCCGCUGGGACCAUGACGAACAGGAGCUGAUGACGUUUGAGCUGCAGGUCCAUACAACUGGCUGGGUGGCAUUUGGAUUCAGCUCUCAUGGAGAGUUGCCUGGAUCUGACAUUGUGAUAGGAGGUGUCUUCCCAAAUGGCAGCAUCUACUUCUCUGAUUGUCAUGUGGUAGAUGAGGCAACCAUUGAGGAAGACGAGAGCCAGGACUACCAACUGCUGUCAGUGACAGAGAAUGAGACCUCCACCACCAUGCUGUUCAAACGCCACCUCCGGACAUGUGACCCAAACGACCUGGAUAUCACAGUAGACACAGCACGCCUCGUUGCUGCCUUUGGUACUGAUGACACAGUCCCAUUCUUUAAAGGCCAAAUAUUUUCCAAGUCCCUUUUCUUGUUGAGGUUCAGAAGCCCAUCAACUGACCCUAAAAUAUUCUUCACCUAUGACCUGAGGCUGGACAAUUUUGCUGUUCCAGUUGAAGAAACCAAGUAUGCCUGUAAAUUUAUCCCACUGCCCAUGGUCAAGCAGAAACACCAUAUCUACAAGUUCGAUCCAGUAAUAACACCCCACAACAUAACCUUGGUUCAUCAUAUUCUUAUUUAUGGCUGUGGCAAUGCCAGCGUGUUACCCAGUGGCAUAGAUGAUUGCUAUGGAGCCAAUCCAGAUUUUUCCCUGUGCUCUCAGGUGCUUAUGGGCUGGGCUAUUGGAGGACAGACUUAUCAAUUUCCAGAUGAAGCUGCAGUUUCCAUAGGGACACCUUUGGAUCCUCAGUACAUCCGGCUAGAAAUCCAUUACAGCAAUUUUGACUUGUUACCAGGUUUGAUCGACAGCUCAGGGGUACGAAUCUACUAUACUCCAGAGCUACGGAAACAUGAUGUGGGGAUUCUGCAAACAGGCAUCUUCUCUUUCCCUUACGGCUUUUGCAAUUCCAGCCAGUUUGAUGAAAUGAACGGGAUGGCGGUUCCAGAUAUGCAUGUCUUUGCCUACUUGCUUCACACCCACCUGGCUGGAAGAGGACUAAAAGCUGUUCAAUACCGGAAUGGUGAGCAGCUGGUGAUCAUCUGUGAGGACAAUAAGUAUGACUUCGGUCUGCAGGAGAUACGGAACAUGAAGGAAAUCGUCAUAGUCAAAUCAGGGGAUGAGGUCCUGGUCGAAUGCAACUUUCAGACACUGGAUCGGUCACAGAGUACUUUUGGUGGGCCAAGCACCAUGAAUGAGAUGUGUCUCACAUUCCUCUUCUACUACCCUCGUAACAACAUCUCCAGUUGUAUGGGCUACCCUGAUAUUUUGCAUGUUGUGCAUGCACUCAAGCAGGAGGCCUCAGAUGCAUUGGAAGGAAUGAUGGCCAUGGACUUUGUUGACUGGAACAAUGAGACUGUCAAAAUUGCAGAGCAUGCAGCCAAGGAGGCAGAUCAAUUCGUCAUCAUUAAAACCAUUGAUGUAAGUCCCCCUUCUGAGCAAUUUGUGGUUGAGGAAAUGGACUUGGCUCUGACGUUCCAAGAGUAA